CACAACUCCGAAUAAACCACCGCUCGCUGCGCCGGCAACUCUGUCCCUUGCGCCCAUGAUCAUCAGUUCAAAAGUUUUUAUGGCUCAAGGCACGGGCGUUCGGUCGUCGUCGCUGCUUCCGUCAAAGGCGGCGUCGCGCCCAUCGUUAUUGCUCCUGUUGCUGCUGCUGGCGUCGUCGUGCACCGUGCACCCGGCCCGCGGCGAGGGCCUGCUGACCGACGGCUUCACGGCGGUGGAGCUGUCCGAGGCGCAGUUCAAGGUGCAGAAGCCCUACGAUGUGCCGCUGGCCGAGCGCUACGAGCUCCUCGCCGGCGGCGUGCGCCGGAUGUGGGUCUACGCCACCGACAAGCCCAUCACCACCGCCCACCCCGGCGGCCCCCGCACCGAGAUCAAGAUCGAGCUGGUGUACAGCUCCGGGGUGUGGCAGUUCGAGGGCUACGGCUACAUCCCCUGCGGCACGUCGGGGGCGUCGGUGAUGCAGAUCUUCGGCGCGGCGGAGCACGCCACCACGCUGAUGCUGCACGUCUACGGCGGCCGGCUGACCUACUACCACGACGUCGCCACGGGGGUCGUCGACGCCGGCAUCUACGACCGGUGGUUCAGGCUCAACGUGGUCCACGACGUCGCGGCGUCCAACGUGACCGUCUUCAUCGACGGCGAGCGCAGGCUGACCAUGCCGGGGCGCGGCGGGGGCUCACACUACUUCAAGUUCGGCGUGUACGGGCAGUCCAGGAACGGCAUGUCGUAUCGGAUGGAGUCGCGGUGGAGGGACGUCAAGGUCUUCACCAAGUGCAGCUGAGAUUCCUGCAUCGAGAUUCGAGAGAACUCUGAUGUGAUUGUAGGCUUUGGUGGACAGGAGCUACAGAUGCUGAAGGAAGGGGCAACAACAGCUUUAUCGUCGAGGUUAUCGGCGUCAAUAAGGAGAAACUUUGAAUCUCAGUGUAUGUACAAAGUAAUAAAAAUA